CCCUACUCAAGAAGCAGUACAUCGAAUGAUUUCGAAGAAUGUCAUCAGAGGCCGGUGUUCAGAUAGAUGCGCACCUGCUUGCACACGAGUUUCAAAACUUCAUAGAGAAGCGAAACAAGGACAUCGAGGAACUGAUCAUGUUGGCUUGGGACUCUCCGCUUAGAUUGAUCCCACCUGCGGAGAAGCGUGCUCUAAUGAGGGAAAAGGGCAUAUUCGUGAUAGCCGAUGAUCAAGAGUUCAAUUACACAAUCAUGGAGAAAACGGACUGCAUUUCAAGGCCGUAUGUAGUGAAUGACCCCCCAGUGGAACUUCGAUGGAAGAAUAAGCCCAGGAAAAGGAAUGAGAGAACGCUCGAUGUACGUUGCGCUAAAGAAUGCGGAAGAAGAGGAGGAGAUCCCCGCUCAGGGUCAAGCGUGUGGUCUGGUGCACCCGACCUAGGGAUCUUGCAUGGUAAAGCAGCAGUACCAACUUCCAAGAGUGACACUGCAGAGCCACAAGCAGCAGCAGAUGAUGACAAUGAACAAAGUUUUUCUGAUAGUGAUUAUACCGAUUACGAUGAAACAUCAAUAAUCGAAGCAAAUAUUCCACAAUGUUACACACAUGCCUCCACAAAGAAGCAUGUUACGUUCAAGCCUACUGCGAAGUCGAAUUUGAGAGGAUAUCAUACACAGUACAAUUUCACUCAUUCGAAAGAAUCAAUGAUAGAACCAAAGAAGAAAGAGUACAAUCUUAACCACUCGAAGAAACCGCUGAGGGAACCGAAGGAUAAGACGUUUGGCAUAUCAACGCAGUCAAACUGCACGCACUCAAAAGAUAUGAAAAGCGAUCAAACUUUGUCCACAGAGAGUGAAGUUGACAUGCCACCUACAGUGCAGUUGAAAAGUGACUCAAAAGAUACUCGUGUACCGGAUCCUCCGAAAUUGCACAGUUGGUUAGACCCGAAGAAGUCCAAAGAAGAUGGGAGCCAAACCAGCACUCCUUCUUCAGCGAGUCAAUCUAUCUCACAAACUACUGUACAGAAUAUAAAAGAGCGGAAGAAAAUGAAGGCAGAAGUAUACGGAGAUCUUCACUAUCCUCAUGAGGAUUUGAAAAAAGUAGUUCUUGAUUUGAAGAGCCAGAAAAUGAGAGCCGAUAAACAUGACCUUUCUGUCCUUCAGUGCGCAAAGGAGAUUGUAGAAACUGCAGCCAGACACGAUGUGAUCGAGAAUGCGCUUUCGAAACAAUCCAAUGGAUUGGUGCACAAAUUUUUCUCGGGCAAAGCUCCACUAUCACAACAGGUCUUGGAAGAGCUGGAUAUUUUACUGGAGAAAAUUCUUGAUUACAUGAAGAAAAAUCUUACCAAAUACACAAUACUUUACGAAAGGAAAAAGAAUGAUAUCAAACGUGAAGUGCUUAGCCUGCUGCUGACUGACUCGAGAUAUCUUCCAAAAUCAUGGGUAACACAGUACCAAGAAGAAGAGAAGAAAGAAAAGCAACGACGAGAUUUCAUCGACUGGAAGAAGAUUUUACUUCGAUAUCCAAGAGAACGAGCUUUCGACGAUCGGGAGGAUGUCGACGGCAAUUUCACAAGAGCUAGAGGGGGUCACUGGCUGGUGAAUUGUUUACUUGGACCAAAUGACUCCAAGACAUUCGAAGAAACCAAUAGAGAAAAAAUUUCAAAGGGUAUCUUUCUGCAUAAAGCAAUUAUAAAAGAAGCUGCCAAGAAACAAGAAGCAAAUGACAGAAGCAAGAAUUUAGAUUCCCACAAGCAAUCGAAUUAA